AGAUGAUAGUAAAUUUGAAUCUCUUCGUUCCUGUUUGAAACAAAAUAAACAAGACACUCGGUCAAAAGGGGGAAUAAGGUUUGCUGAUUCUGUUGUUGGAGGAACUGGUAACAGUAGCAAUGACAGUGAAUCAGGAUCAGAUAGUGACUCAGCUAGUUAUGAUGAAGGGUCAUAUGAUAGUCGACAUGGUCAAAUUAGUUACUCUUGUCAAGAAGAUCAAAUGGUCACUUCAGGCUUUCAGAUGUUUGACCAAAAUAUUCGUGAAACGUAUGAUUUAUCUGUUGAACUGCGACAGUCUUGUGAAACUUUAUCAACAUAUUUACAAGAUUCAACUACUGUCAAAACUGAACAACUAAACUCUGCUGUGGCCAUUAUUAAGAAGGAGUGGUUUAAGAUAAUUAAUAAUAAAUUUGUUAAUUCCUAUGAAGUAGAAGAUUAUAUGUCAUCAUUUAACGAAUUAUCCAACUCUUUAUUGAAAUAUGUGGUCAAUAUUUCUGAUGAUAAUGGCAAUACAGCGAUACAUUACGCUGUAUCUAACUGUAAUUAUGAAGUAGUAAGUUUGUUAAUGGAUACAGAAGCUGUAGAUAUUGAUAAACCCAAUAAAGCUGGUUAUACACCAAUUAUGUUGGCAGCUUUAACCAAUAAUCUCACAGCAGAACAUAGACAGGUUGUGUUUAGUCUAUUCUCUAGAGGAAACAUCAAUGCUAAAGCUUCUCAGGCUGGCCAAACAGCACUCAUGUUAGCAGUUAGUCAUGGAAGAACCAAUAUGGUCAGGUUGCUAUUGGAUUCUGGAGCUGAUAUCAACGAGAGAGAUUUUGAUGGUUCUACAGCCUUGAUGUGUGCCUGUGAACAUGGACACACUGAUAUUGUUAAAAUGUUGUUAGGACAACCAGAUUGUGAUGCUAAUCUCAGAGAUAAUGAUGGUAGCACUGCCCUAGAAAUAGCCAUGGAAGCUGGCUUUAAAGAUAUUGGAGUUAUUUUAUAUGCUCAUCUUAAUUUUACAAAACCUCUUUCGCCUGGCAUAUUGAAAGGGAGAAAGACUUCAAAUUGAAGAGCGAGAAAAGGUUUUAAAGAAGAAGAUUAUUGAAGGAGAUAUACAUGUAUUUACUAUGCAUUCCUAACUCUUGGAACUAGUGUACUCUCUUAGCAGCUAUAAGUGCCAUAUAUAUUAUAUAUAGAUGUAGGAUGUGGACACAUUCUCUAGUUUUUAAGAUUAGAUAUUUUAAUGGUUGUGAUACUCAAGACUCGGUUUUAUGUGUUGUGACCUUUAUCACUUUUUGUGACCUUUAUCACUUUUUGUGACCUUUAUCACUUAUUGUGACUUUAAUCACUGUAUGUUGUAACUUUUUUCCUUCCUAUACACAUUCCAAUAUUAUUAUAAAGCCUUCAAACACACUGCUGUUAAAAUGUUAUAUUGCAAUUUUGUGAUACAUGUAGUCAUUUGUUUUUACAAGAUUUCUCAAAAAUGGAAAUAAUAAGACUAAUAACAUGUCUGACAUGAGAAAUGAAAAAUCAAAAAGCAUGCCCAACCUGGUAUAAAAACAUGAAAUUAGAUCGUAUAUUUUCUUCAGGUGCUGGGUUUUUAUAUUACAUGUUUAAUGGCUUAAUUGAACCAUAGACAUGUAUUAUGAUAUUAGAUGGAAUAUAUAUUAGAUGGAAUUUAUAUAUAUAUAUAUAUAUAAAAUCUUAAAGAAUAUUAUAGAUACUACAGAUAAUUGUGCUUAUCAGGUUCUACAAAAUUUAAGAAUUUUUCUAGUGCUCUAAAAUUGUAUUUUUGUUCCUGAAAGUAAGCGCUUCUUAUUGUAGAAAUACAAACAACCUUAAAGCUAUAAGUACAGCAGAAAUAAUGUACACUUUAGUGCUGACAAAAAUGAAUAUUGAAAUAUUAUUGGUUGAGAAAAUAAGUUUGCUGUCUCGUAGGGCUAAUUCACCUAAUGAAAUGAGCUAAAAUCCAGAUUUAAACUGCGCAAUUAGCCCCCUUUAAUGAGAUUUUCAAUUGAAUAUGCAAUAAUUAACCAAGAAUUGUUAAUGUCUCAACUAUUGCUGAAAAUUCAAGGUUAAAGGUACCAUCCCAUGUAAAAUUUGAAUCAUAAUUUUGAUGCAACUGUGCACAAUCUGAUCAAAGGUUUUCAAGAUUCAAAUAAAUUUUGAUUUUCAAAUCAUGACUUAUCAAAUAUAUAUUGAAAUAUAUUUUCAUAUUUAUAUUUAUCUGGUAUGGCUCCUUUAACUUUUAUUUACUGAUAUAAGUUAUAUUUGAAAUAUUAUAUUAUUAAUAUAUUGAAACAUGUAGUAGUAUAUGAGAUAAAAUAUUAUAAUAUAGACAUUCCAACUGAUAUUAAAAUGUUAUUUGUUAUUUAUGAAUUC